AAGCUCUGCAGAGAAAUAUGCAAGCAUAAAACGAGCGAAAACAAAAAACGCAACCGAAACCGGAGAUGAAAUCGCCAAUCCUGCAUAUUUUCUCUUUAAAUAGUGUGAAUUAUUACAGUGUUGCACUAUCAAAAGCAUCUGCCAAAUACUAUAACCAUCACCAUGACCAUAACAAUGAAUUAUGUGUAAACUGUCUGUAAAGAUGUUGUCUGAACUGUAACAAAAGCAGCUCCUAGUGGUCAUGUUGUAAAUAUGCUUUGCACUUUACAUAUCUGCUUUCACUUUUCCCUAUAUCGAAUCACAAUGUAAUUACAGAUACUGUAUAUUUAGGCUGUUGAUCUGCCUACGUUUCAUGUAAAACUGAUACUUUGGUCUUCACAAAACAUUGAUUGCGAUGAAUGACAAAUGAAUUAUUCUUGAACCAAGGCCAAAGCUUUUGAUCCGGUAGAACAAAUUAAGCCAGACAUAAGGCCAAUGAUUUUCUGACCAGGAUAGGUUGCUAUUAUAGUGACGCUGUGCUAAAUCUCUCUCUCGAGUGAGUUUGAUUUGAUAUGGCGCCACAGACCCCUGCGGUUCAAGGGGGAGCGGGUUCAACAGCUUUGAUUGGAUGCCAUGAUCAGGUGAAUGACUUGUCCGCAGCUUUCAAUAUUUGCUUAUCUCACCAAGACCAUACAGACAGUCAUGCACAUAGACUAGGAGGGAAAUUCACACAGUGUUCUCACAGGAAGCGUCUUUCAAAGAUCUGUGGAAGACAGGUUGCCCUCUCUGUCGAUAUGAAGACGCUUUUGGUCAUUGUCAUCAUCACAGCUUUUGCACUGAGCGUGGGGAGUCUCCCCAUUACAGGGUUCUCAGACUCGGACUCAGAGGAGGCGUUGGUGGACCCCGUAGGAGCCGCCAUCAGCCGACCUUUCCACGACCUCUGGGACCGCACUAUGGACCGGACGGCUGAGGCCCUCAGUAAAAAACUGCAGCGGUCUAUGGAGUGAGAAACCGAUCAUUUAAGACACCUCCGGUCCAUGUUCAGCAGUCUGAGCUCCGCUUUCCUGUCUGCCAUCAUGGAACCUGUGGCCACCCCAGCUCCAGUCCUGUGAGGUCGCUAAAACAGCAGAGCCCCUUGACGGAAUGGACAGACUGAAUAAAACCUGAUUCUGAAUGAUACUUUUGAUGAAUUCAAAUGGAAUGCUAACUUUUGCCUCUGUAAAGAGGCUCAACAAUACUAUUAUAUAAUUAAUGAUUAGAUUCAGAUAAAAAAGUUUUAUGAAAUUAUUUUCCAACCUUGUGAAGUGACCUUGGGUGUGAUGAGAGGCACUUUAAAUAAAAUGUAUUAUUAUUAUUAUUAUUUUUAUUAUAAUCAAAAGAAAUCCAAUCACAUUAAAACAUAGUCAUUCACAUCAGUGAUGCUUUCUAGAUGUUACAUGUGUGGCCUUAGCAGGGCCUUCUCUCCACUUUCUCAGCAAACUCAAUUGAUCUACUUGGAGCUCAACACACAUCACACCCAAGGCAGUUUCAUAACCGCUACAAAUCCAAGGAAACAUAAUGGGUGUAUUGUGUAGGGCUUCUAGAACUGAUUGAUUUCUGUUGCCCUGUUCUGAUCUCAGGCCUCUACCCCCUCCAUGCUGACAUCACGAGAAGUGUGGCCUAUCUGUCAGUUAAUAGCUCAAAUAGAAAUGGCAGAUUGACAAACAGAAAAAAAUCAUUUAUCUCCAAGACAUUUAAUUUUACAAGAUUUGUUUUACAGAUGCUGCUGUCAAUGUACAAGUACAAAAGGUUAUAAUCCUUGUACUUUAACUACUUAAUGACUUUCACCAGCAGCUAUAGGCUGUCAGCACUCUAUGCCCUAUGACAUUGAAAAAUCUAUACAUUAGCAUCUUACAUAAACGUUCCCUCCCAGACUUUCCAUUACUUUGUACAGUAUGUCUACUAUCUCAACUAGCAUGUCAGAGAUUCAAAAAUACAUAAAACCAAACAGAAUGUCGUUGAUAAACACAAGGCCAGAACACCGUAUAUUAUUUACUUUCCCCUAGCAACAUCUGUUCCAGUACCAUAUAGCUUACAGGCAUAUACCAACAUGAACCACGGCAUUUAUAGAACCAUAUAGAAGCAAAAAAGAGUUCCUUCUCACAAACCAUGAUGCUGACCCUGUGACAUCUAACAUAUAUUGGUGUAAUGAAUUAAAAGCAUUACACAUAGGCGUAUGUGGUGAAUUAGUCAACGUAACCAUUCUUUCCUAGAUGGGGUGAAGGCUCUGGAUGCACCUGCAGCUUUCCCACAGCACUGAUAAACCUUGACAUUGCUGUGGGCUGGCAAGAGGUAUAAAAUGGAGGAGACAUGACCCUGCCGUACAGCGAACGGCUUUCAUACCGGCGGCGGACAUGAAGAUCCUGAUUGUGUUGGCUUUGCUCGGAGUGGCUUGGGCCACCGAUGAGAAGGUGGUGGGAGGUUAUGAGUGCCCCAAGCACUCCGCUCCCUACCAGGUCUCCCUGAGCGACGGCUACUUCCACUUCUGUGGUGGCUCCCUCAUCUCCAGGGACUGGGUCGUGUCUGCUGCCCAUUGCUACAAGUCCCGCAUCAGUGUGCGUCUUGGUGAGCACAGCCUGAAGGCCAACGAAGGCACCGAGCAGCACAUCAACUCCGCCAAGAUCAUCAAGCACCCCAACUACAACGACAACAACCUGGACAACGACAUCAUGCUCAUCAAGUUGAGCCGCUCCGCUAAUCUCAACAGCUACGUGCAGACCGUGUCCCUGCCCAGCAGGUGUCCCGUGGCCGAUGAGCCCUGCAUGGUGUCCGGGUGGGGAAACACCGUCACUGGUGGCCAGACUAACAUGCCUGACCGUCUGCAGUGCCUUAGGCAGCCUAUGAUCGACGACCGCAUCUGCAAGAACGCCUACCCCCACCUGAUGACAGAGAACAUGCUCUGCUCCGGCUUCAUGCAUGGAGGAGCCAGCAGUUGCCAGGGUGACUCUGGUGGACCUCUGGUGUGUGGAGGCCAGCUGCAGGGUGUGGUGUCCUGGGGCUACGAGUGCGCUCAGAAGGGCCACCCCAGUGUCUACGCACGCGUGUGUCGCUACAACAGCUGGAUCCAGAGUGUCAUGAACAGCAACUAAAAAACCCAUACACACCUCUGCUCCAUCUGAACUAUACACUCUCUACACAAAAACGGUUCUUGGGGUGCUAUAUGGAACCAUGCAGGCUUUAAGGAACCCUUAGGGGUUCCUUUGAUGAACACUUCAAAAUCGUUUAAAGCAGUGGUGUAGUCUACUUAUCUGUAGCUGCUAUACUGUGAUGUACAGUAGCUGUAGUGGGUAUACUGUGAUCAACCCCAAAUGUGUUAAUACGUAUCCUUGCCCAUUUUAAGUGGAUAUACUGAGAUAGUGGUGCUUUUGAAGUGGGCAUACUGCGUAGUCCUGCGUUAUCACGUAUACUACACCACUGGUUUAAAGUGCCAUUUAUGAAGCAUGCAAUAGAACCAUUUUUGGUUCUAAAGCACAUUAUAUUCUAAGAGUGUACUGUCAUAAUGAACUCUAUAGCCAAUAAAGACAACUGGGGACUAACAUGGCAUUCAACAG